AAUCUGGAGUUAGUGCUGCCUGCUUUAAAAAUCCUGGCAAGCAAGCACGUUUUACAACCCUAAUUUCUGCAGGAUCACCUCCCACCCCCGAGGUACAGGCUGUCCUCGCCCCCUGUGUGUGCGGGUGUGUUACCGGGUGCGUAAAUCCCGGCAGCUGCAGCCGGAGCAGCUGCAGGGACACAUGGGCUCUGUUUGAGUGUGGGAGGGGGUGAGUGUGGUUUGUGUGUGGCUGGAGGGCUUCCCUCUUGGAAAUUCUGGGAUUAAUGACACAUUAAACCCUCUCCAAGAGAGUGGAUUGAACAGAGCAAAAGAAAGAAAAAAAAAGAAUUGAGGCAGGCAGGCAGGCUGAUGGGCUUUUCCUGCAAAGUUUAGGGCUUCAAAAGUUAACUUAUAAGCAACUGCAGAUGCAUGGAUAAAACCUGCCUUGGACACUAUGCAGCAGCACUUUCCUUUCCAUCAGCAUCUCCAACUUGUUGCCUACCUCUGUUGGAUUCCCUUGCUGGCCAUUAGUGCUGAGUCAGCCACAUUAGCUCCCGAGUGCUCACCAGAAGGACACCGGAUCCUCCGCAAUCCCUACCGGAGCACCAGGUUUGACUCCCUGGAGCUGCAGAGAACAGCAGUUGAGGACCUGGUGUGUGACCACUCCCUGCCACCAGCAUGGUACCGCUUCCUGAUCCACGGCAGGCCCGCAGAGAUGCCAACCAGGUGCAUCGAAAUGAACAAAUGUGGGACACAAGCUCCGGUGUGGCUGUCACUGAAGUCUGAAUCCCUGCCAGUUCCUGGAGAGAGCAAGAGGCUCACGGCCUGUGCCACCUGGCAGGUCCUCUUUGGGGGCACCAGGGACUGCUGCUUGUUUCGGAUACCUGUCGCCGUCAGGAACUGCGGGGAAUUCUUUGUGUACCUCCUGCAGCCCACUCAAGGAUGCAUGGGCUACUGUGCAGAAGACAGACUCACAAGCCUGUCUUUGCAACCAGUGAUAACUCCCGAGCUCGUGCAAGGUCGUGUCCACCUGAAGUGCAUCUACAGCCACCCUCCCUCCAAGCCCCCCCUGCAGUACGUGGUGCUCUGGUCACGCCUCUCCAGCCCUGGCAAGAGAGAGCAGAUCCACCAGGAGACCACCCUGGAGUCAUUUUCCUACGUAGAGAUGGACGGCACAAAUCUCAGACUGGGAGACACGGUCUUUUGCACUGUCACAGCUUUUACAAGGGACACUCCUGAGCAGCAGUCAUUGCCUGAGGACAGCAAAGGUUUCUAUGCUGGGAUUAAGUUUUUACCAGAAUCACUACAAAUUGCAGAGGAUGGCAAAGAGCAUAUUUUGACUGUUCUGAGCACGGUGCCCAUUGCCUGUCCUGGGCAGGAUGACUCCUGUAAAAUCACUUUGCAGCUAAGUACUGAGGAUUUGGACAGCCGCUUACCAGGGCCCCCAAACAUUGCCCUUUCGGCGUGCCAGGUGGAUCUGCUGCAGGCUCCCUGCUCGGAAAGCAGCUGUGCAGCAGCCACGGUGACAGUGACAGCCGUGACAGACUUCGCUCAGGACGGGAACCGCGUCAGCCGCGUCAGAGCUGAGCCAGUCGGACGGAGGGAUUUGCUUUGGAGGGGUCACGCACCCAAGGAUGUGAAGGUCACAGUUCGAGACCUCCCAACAGGGAACUGCUACUCUUUCACUGAUCCACACAUUAUCACAUUUGAUGGAUGGCGCUAUGACAACUACAAAAUCGGGACCUUCCUUCUGUGCCAGAGUGUGUCGCGGGUGUUUGAGGUGCACGUCCGGCAGUGGGAUUGCGGAGGCCACCGCUCUGCCACCGCCUGCAACUGUGGUGUAGCUGCCCAGGAAGGGGGUGACACCGUGAUUCUGGACACUUGCAAUGGCCACUUUCGGGAGAGCAGACCCCAGCUGACCAUCAAAAGCACCGAGGCACUGCCGCGCGUUAAAAUCCUAAAGUCUUACGGAGGCAGAAAAAUAACAAUCCUGUUCCCUUCGGGAGCGUUUGUUCGAGCCGACGUGAGCGAGUGGGGAAUGGGUGUGACAGUGAGGACACCAGGCAGGGACUUCAACAGCACCAGGGGUUUGUGUGGCCUCUUUGACGGGAUCAGCCACAACGACCUGAGCAAUGUUCCUGAGGAAGACUUCAUAGAGGAGUGGAGAAUACCUCCAGGGAAGAGUUUAUUUGACAGGACUCCAGCACCUUCUGAGGGGAAGCAAAGGAGAAAUUACUGCAGAUGUCAGAAGGAGAACACUAAGUCUGUGCCUGUGGCAAACACUCUGAAUGCCUUUCAGACUCCUUUCCCUCAGUCCUCUGGUUGCCAUUAUGAUCCUGUGGAUUACACCUCUGCAAUCCCAUAUCUGGAUGUUACAUCCGAGUUUGUCACUCACUCAGAAACAGAGUCUGCUUUAAGAAAAGGUGAGAAACCAUUGACCAAGCCUUUUGAGCAAAGAUAUCUGCCUAAAUCAGUCCAGAAGAGAGGUAGCCCCAAGGUCCAAUUAAAGCCCCUCACACACAAUGUUUCUGUGAAUAACAACAGUUCCAUUAACUCUACCAAACCAACAGGAGACCUAAGGAAAGUGAGAAGGCAAGAUGACUAUUAUGAACACUCAUCCUUUCACCCAUUGCAUGGCCCGACCCAGAGAGACUCGGAGAGAUUUGCCUAUUUUUUCCCUGAGGAUUACUUUGAAGGGGUUCGGAUGAAAUUUCCACUGACGUGGCCCACUCCCAAUGGCCUGACUGCCGCCAGAGCUCGGGAGAUUUGCCACCAAAUUCUUGCAAAUUCCACCAUUGGCUUGGCCUGUAAAGACCUCCUCGGGAAACAGCUGGAUGAGGCAAUUGAAAUAUGCCUUUUGGACCUGCAGCUCAAAGAUGACGUGGCUUGGGUGAGGGCACUGAUAGCCCUUCUGGAAAAUGAAUGUGAAAGAAGAGUGCUUGGAAGCAGAAACAGAGUGUUUCGUGUUGGGAACCAGCCAUCUGCUCCCCUGGAGGAAAUCCUCGCCACCCUCCGGUGUCCUGCUCUCUGUAACAGCAAGGGACACUGCACGGAACUGGGCUGCCAGUGCUUUGAAGGCCACAGCUCCUAUGACUGUAGCAUUGCCAAAAAGCAAGCUCUGGAAAUCACAGGCUUAGAGAACGGGGGUCUCUGCGAUGUCCGUGCCUCCGACUGCACCAGGAUCCGGGUGUUUGGCCUCGGCUUCAAAGACUCGCCCAACCUGCACUGUGAGGUCACCAGGUUAACUCAUCUCGAUGGUGAAUGGAUAUCAAGAGAAAAAGAAACCACAAAAGCAGAUUUUCUCAGCUCUCAGGCUGUUGACUGCCAGAUCCCUGUCCUGAACAUUACAGAGGUUGUGCACUUUGUGGCCUGGGACAAACCGUUCGCAAGAUGGCAAGUGAAAAUCACUAACGAUGGCUUCCAGUACAGUAAUUCCAGAGUGCUGACCCUGUUCGACGCUGUCUGCCAGGUCUGCCAAUUCCACCCAACCGGACUUUGUAAAUUAAAGGAAGAUACUUGCAAUAUAGAUGGACUUUGCUAUGGUGAAGGAGAGUCAAGCCCUACCAGUCCUUGUCUUCUCUGUGAACCUCACAUUUCUAAGUUCACCUGGUCUGUUAAUGAAAACAACCUGCCUCCUGUGUUCCAGGCCCCCUCCAGCCAGCUGCUGACAUUUAUUGGUGAGAAUUUUGUUUACCAGCUAAUAGCAGUGGAUCCAGAAGGGUCAGCUGUGCUAUUCAUCUUGGAGGCUGGGCCACGGGAUGCCAGGGUCUCUCCCGCUGGUCUUCUUAUCUGGAAAGUUGAUUCAGAAGAAAUGCAGACCUUUGAAUUCACUGUGUCAGAUGAAUGCAAUGCACAGAGCAGAUACUCUAUUGAGGUUGGAGUGAAGCCCUGCAGCUGCCUCAAUGGUGGAACGUGUGUUACCAAUAUCAAACACCCUCCAGGCCUUGGUGAAUACCUGUGCUUGUGUCCAAAUGGAUUUGAUGGAGAAUUUUGCCAGGAGGACAUUAAGGACUGCAAAUCAAACCCCUGUGGCAGUGGAACCUGUGUGGACAGCGUGGAGAGCUACUUCUGUAAAUGUCCCCCUGGUUUGGGAGGGCUUACUUGUCAGGAAGACAGGAACGAGUGUGAAGAGAGUCUUUGUUUUCCUGGAGUGUCUUGUAUGAAUACCUUUGGAUCUUAUGCAUGUGGAAUCUGCCCCAGUGGGAUGGAGGGAAAUGGUAAAACUUGCAAAUCUGUGCUUGCUGCUGAUGUUACAAAACCUUUAAGCAAUGGCAAAGGUGAAUUGAACAGGACCGAGGUUAAGCAGCCACUGCAAUCCUUAGAGGCGAAGGAUUCUCCCGUAAUUAAGAAUUUUGACAUAAGUGAUAGACGUGCACCACUGUCACAUGUUACCACCUGUGCCAACAGGCCAUGUUUUCCUGGAGUGCUGUGCUUUGACAGGAAACCCCCUUACGUUGGAUACGUCUGCGGCCGAUGUCCAGCAAGGUUUUUUGGGAAUGGUCGAGUCUGUACCAAAGUUCCCAGACCAGUUUCAAGAUCUUCCCAAAGCCAUGUGGAUUUUCCUGGAAGAAAUAUUGAAGAUGCAAGAGGCUCUCACCAGGAAGAUGUAUUAAAGACAUCAAGAAAUGUAUUCUCCCUUCUUUCCCAAACCCAAAUUCCAAGACAAGAUAUUACAUACUUUUUGGAAAGAAACCCCACAGUCAUUCACACUCCAUCCCUUGCAGCUUCCCAAGCUCAGACAUUGCCAGCAAAAAAACCUGAUGUGGAGUUCACAGCACCCAAAAAACAAUCUUUUCUUGAAAAAAGAAGUGAUACACACUCCACCCUUCUGCACGAGGAGCCAGACCCCAGAGCCCCAGCUGCCAGUGUGACUCUCCAAACUCCUCUCCAUUUCAAACAACACAAGCCAGCUACAACACAGACUGUUCCUUCUCAUCGCAACACAAGCGCAAGUUCAUUCUUUGCAAGGCCACCUGCUGUUCAGCAAACUCACUCCAAGUACGGCUAUUCUCCCAGGAAAUGGCCUGGUAGAGUUGCAGUCUUGAGGACUAAAGCAUCCCGAGAUUUCCCAACAGAGCAUCCGAGAGCAUCACCUUUGGAAAAACAUCUCCCCUCCCCUUCCCACUUCCUCGGUUCUUCUCUUGAUACAGCUUCUCGGAGUGACCCAGCAGGGUCUUCUCCCAGAGCAAGGCUUCCAAUACAGACCACAGCAGCCAGAAAGUUGUUCAGCAAAGCAAUGGAUUACAUGGAACCGCCCAAAACCAGCGCUGGGAUGCAUCACAAAGUGAUGUGUGCUGAUAUGCUGUGCUUUCCUGAUGUGCGGUGUGAGCCAGCUGAAGAUGGAGGAUUUAAAUGUGGCCCUUGUCCCUCUGGAUACAAGGGUGAUGGAAUUACAUGUGAAGCACAGUGUGAUCCACCAUGUGAGCAUGGAGGAACUUGUCUACCUCAAAACACUUGUUCUUGUGCUUAUGGAUUUGUAGGUCCUCGAUGUGAAACAAUGGUGUGUAACAGGCACUGUCACAACGGUGGGGUCUGUGUGUCACCAGAUGAGUGCAAAUGCAGAAGUGGGUGGAGCAGCCCUUCCUGUGAAACAGCUGUGUGCAACCCUGUGUGCCUGAAUGGAGGAAUCUGCAUACGGCCAAAUGUGUGUUCAUGUCCUUAUGGUUUCUACGGACCACAGUGCCAGAGAGCUGUGUGCAUUCCCCCUUGUAAGAACGGCGGUCACUGCGUUCGUACCAACAUGUGCUCCUGCACCGAGGGCUACACCGGGAGAAGGUGCCAGAAAAGUGUCUGUGAUCCCACGUGCAUGAAUGGAGGGAAAUGUGUCCACCCAAAUGUCUGUGACUGCCCAUCUGGUUGGAGGGGAAACCACUGCAACAAACCUGUUUGCCUGCAGAAAUGUCUGAACGGUGGAGAAUGUGUCGGUCCAAACAUCUGCGAGUGCUCCAGAGGAUGGGUGGGAAUGCUGUGCCAGACCCCACUUUGUGAGCAAAAAUGUCUAUUCGGAAGCAGAUGCAUAAGACCAAAUGUCUGUGCUUGCAUAAGUGGCUACACUGGUUCAGCAUGUGAAAAGAAGCUCCCAAUAGGAUGAAGAUAACAACAGGACAAUGAAGACAAUAGUUUGGGUAUCAGUAAUCGGGAACUGAGCACGUUUUUCAUUUGGGAAGAUACAGUGUGAAGAAAUUGCUAGUUCUCUCCCUUUUAGCCUUAUAUAAUCUCACAGAGAAGAAAAAAAAAAAAAAAAGCCAAACCUCUUCUCAUAUGUCAAUAAACCUACAUUUAUUUUCAAA